AGCGAGGAUGACGCGAACUCAGUGCAGGCUCGUCUACAAUGAUACCAACAUGUUUCAAGACAAUCUCGGGGGCUACGCAUAACACGAAAACUUCACAGGAAAGGAUUAUGAGAAUUUAAAGGUCUAUGCUUUUUAAGAAGUAAUCGUGAGGAAAAUGCUUGGUCGUUUAUCGUUAGAACGUUCCGGGACCAGCCAGAGCCUGCGAACGUGUAUAUUUAGUCUUAUCAAUUGUACGGGAUAUACCAGAGUGAUUCUGAAGCAGGAAGGAUGUUUGUGCACGUUUAUCAGAAACUCGCAAAAUAUUUCUGAAAUACCAGAGAAAAGUUUACAUACACAAUCUUCGACUAAAAAUAGCAAAUGUAUUUCACAUCAAAAUCGUUUUGCGUUAUGAUGGCGGUGUUUGUGCUAGGUAACAGAACAGUUUUUUUAGUAUAAAAACAAGUGAUAGUCUAUUGAACAAAAAGCUUGUUAAAUGUCCUCUCUUCAAAUCAGCGGAAUAUAUGUAAUGUCAUCGUUCUUCGUACUUUGAUUUUUUUUUGUUCAAAAAACUACCUCAACGCAACAUUUUGGAUUGGGGGAUUACAGAACAUCGCGGUGCUCUGUCUACCAUACAACAUACAACUAUACGAUAUCCGACACUUUAUAAAUUACUCGGAGGAGAUCAGAACAUAAAGACUGUCCUAUUUCACGAGAGAGAACACACAAUCUAUAAAACGUUGUUUCAAUACAGUGGAAACAAAUGCCAUGACUGUUAACAUUCCGACAUGCUCGUAAAUUGAAACGUCAGAUCAAAGAAAUGGAAACGGCUUUGCUUUCCAAAAAAGUGUUUGUGGAUGAUUCCGUGCUCGGUUCAGUAAAUGUGAAGUAACUGUGAAAAAACUUUGAACAUUGCAGGAGGUAUUGUAUUCUCUUUCAUACUCUGGAAACACUUCACAGUUGCAAGACCUUCUUAACAGGAGAGGCUCAUAUCGUUUGUUUAUGACAGCGAACGUGUUAGUUGUUUCAUUUCAUGUUGACAGUGUUUUGAUUGUUUUGAUUUUAUGAAAGAAAAUGUUACACGUCCUUAAAAUGAAAAUUAACGUAUGAUGUAGGUAGCAAGGAGAUUUUAUUUUUCACAACAAUGACGCCUAAACAGUAAGGGAACUUUUGAGUAUUUAUAUAAAUUGACACGAUUUCAACAUUAUUUGGAAGCAGUUUGGAUUAUAUACAUGUCCGUUGUGAAAGGACAGAAUCAUUCUCCGUAUAACACAAUGGAAAUGAAUACCAGCAUUGAAACGACGCGGGAUCGUCUAUAUGAAUGGAAUUCCAAUAUAUCGUUAGCUUUACUUCCUAACGAUGUCAUACUCGCUCUAUAUCUCGUUAUAGGCGUUCUCGGGAAUCUUAUUGUCCUGUAUGUCUACAUUUUCAAAAUGGAAAACAAAAAAGAUGUACGUUACUUCAUUCCAGUCCUGGCAGUGACAGACGCCAUUGCCAGCUUAGCCGGAUGUGGCGUCAGUUUGUUGACUAACAUAUAUCCAGUCAUGUUUCCGGUUCCGGGUUUGUGUGAAUGUUUGUGGUUUUUUGCGUGUGUUGUUUUGAUAUGGUCCGGUCUGUUGAAUCUUGUGAUAGCGUAUCAACGUUAUAUGAAAAUUUGUCGCCUUGGUAAGAACAUGACCUUGGCGUUUAGACGCAAGACGUUAUUUAUCACCGGGUCUGUAGCUACGGUUUUAUCUCUACCCUCAUGGGCUUUCUUCGCAAGAGUACCUGUGUAUAACCAAAAGAUGAAUGUGACCGGAAAUAGAUGCGGAAGUCGAUACGGAACUGACCUUACCUUCAAAGCAUUAAUUUAUAUUUACCAGGGAAUUAAUGGAUUGUUGAGUCUUGUGAUAGUCAUUGGAAUAAUUGUAUUUUACAGCUCAGUCGGAACAAAGUUAUAUAGACAGGAAAAUCGUUUAAAACGUCACGUGAGUUCAAAAGUUCCGGCAAGUCCAAGCCGGAAGUCUGCUGACGUAGCACCAUGGCAGGAACAUUUAGAUGUCACCACUAACGGGGAAUCUAAAGGUAUGACCAGAAAUGAUUUAGUUAUUACAGGUGGCCCCACACUGGACGCACCUAAAACUGAAAUGUGCAGGCUCACUGACGAAAUAGCCAAACAUGACAGUUUAUACUCUAAUUUAGAAAGAGAACCAUCUUCAAAGAGCCAGGCGGCGCGAUAUCGUGUGACGUACAUGUUUAUGACUCUGGCUUUAGCGUAUAUACUGUGUCUUGUACCGACUUUUGCUGUAAAUCUUUCCAAAAAUAUUGAAUCGAAUGAUUUUUGGGUCAAUUUUAAUAACGAUGGAGUGUAUUCUUUAGCAAUUAUGUUUUGCUUAAGGCUUCAUUUGUUAAACAAUGUGAUGAAUCCGUUUAUUUACUUCACAUUCGAUAAACACUUUAGGAGGGAAGUGAACAAAUUAUCUUGCUUUGCCUGUUGUUUUGGAUACAAAAGCUGACAGAUUUAUGACGCUCAAUAGAUAAGUAUCAGAUGACACACUUUAUCAUAAACUUGAUGUGUUAUCAAAUUAUCAAUAAAAACUUAU